CCCCCCUCGCACGUUCUGUCUCUCUCUCUCUCUCUCUCUCUCUCUCUCUCUCUCUCUCUCUCUCUCUCUCUCUCUCUCUGUGUGUGUGUGUUUGAAUCUGCUUCAGAUGAAGAGCUUCCUUGGACUUGGAGUACCGCGCAUCAGCAGAAGAAGAGCCCGUUCUCCCACUCUGCCCCUGCUGCUGCGGCGCUGCUGCCUGUGAGCGCGUCCUCCUCGUUGCACUGGAAUAUACAGCGUGCCCAUAUGCGCAAAACCAUGGAGAUUAUAUGACGUGGAUUUAUUUUUCUCCCUUUUUUUUGCUACAAAACUGGACAUCUACAAAAAGCGACGUCCCUCCUCCUCCUCCUCCUCCUUUUUCUCUUCAUUCUUUAAUUUUAUCCCCAAUUGCCUUUUUUUCCACGCUCUUCUCUUCUUUCCUCCCGCUCCAUCUAUGGCCACUCUAUGAUUUCGCGUCCUUAGCGAUCCUUCCUUGUGUUUAUUUAUUUAUUUAUUAAUUUAUUUAUUAAUUUAUUUAUUUAUUUGUGCACCACGCUUCUUGUUUGUCGGGGUCCGUUUCGGAGGCGCAGAAGUGGAAUGCCUCGCAGAGAAACAUUUGGUGGGAAGAAGAUUCCGCGUACCAGCAGCACCAGCAGCAGCAGCAGCAGCAGCAGCGAGGAGGGUGAAUGAAUGAUAGUCUCCCCUCUCCAUCUGAGACGUGCCAUGGAUGGGAAACUUAAUUUGUAUCCACGGAACCGAUCGGGGAAUAUCCGCCGCAUCAAAUAACUACUGCUGACAACGAUCAGGACGAAUGUCAUAGGAUGAACACUGCUGGUGGGGUGUGUCUGUCUGUGCUGUCCUCUCUCCUGGCUGUGGCUGGGGCCCUGGCUGCUGUGUCUGCCCUCGCUCUAGCUCCUCUCUCUGCCCUGGCUGAGGCUGCCUAUGGGGCUGCCGAUGGCGUCCCCAGCACCGGGGCAGAAGGGGCCCCCUCGCCCAUCUCCUCAUCAUGCUCCAGCCUUGUAGCUGGGGUGCUCUAUGGCUCUUUCUCCCUAAGGGAGCUGUUUCCCUCCAGGGCGCCGGGCUGUUCAUGGUCCCUGGAAAACCCCGAUCCCACCAAGUACUCCCUCUACCUCCGCUUCACCCGCCACCCUAUCAUCUGCCGGACACACUCCCCCAUGCUCCUUUCCCUUGACCACCACCUGGCCAAUCAAAGCUGUCCCCUUCAAUUACAGACAGUCGCUGCCAGGGAUCAGGAAGUCAUCGAUCUUUGUGGCAGCCAAUCCAACUCAGAUGGACCAUACUCCUUCCUACAGUUUGAUAAGAACUUUGUCCAACUAUGUCUCACGAGACACCCACCUGCAGAUGAGCCUCAGGUAACUAAGGAAUUGCUGGAACUGAGACUGGUGGAGGUGUUACUCAUUAACAACGAGAACUCCAGUCAGUUUACCUGUGGCGUGCUAUGCAGAUGGUUCGAGGAGUGUUUACGCACAGGUCACAAUGGAGGCCAGGAGGUUUCUGACGGAGAUGGUUGCGGGAUGACUCAGACAGGAUGUAUCUGUCCGAACCACAACAUCAUGGCACCGCCUAUUCCGCUGCUCCCGGAGACACCCCACAGUUUCAGCAAUGGCUCGCAGGUUCCUGAUGACUGCUGCGUCACCGAGCUGCAUUCCAAUGACGCAAUCGCCAUAGCACCCCGAGAUGUCCGACAAGACACGUAUGACGAUGACCUGAAGGUGAAGACCCAAAGACCACGAUCAGCUGACCAGCCAGGUGUGUUUCAGGCACAAACAGGUGACCCCGCUGCCGAGGAGUGGUCGCAGUGGAGUGUGUGUUCUCUUACCUGUGGGCAAGGCUGGCAAGUGAGGACGCGAUCAUGCGUUUCUUCUCCCUACGGGACGCUGUGCAGCGGCGCCCUGCGGGAAACACGCAUGUGCAACAACACCGCUUCCUGCCCAGGUGACCCUGGGAUCACAGGCUCAGUGCAUGGGCUGUGGGAGGAGUGGUCAUCAUGGAGUCUGUGCUCUGUGACCUGUGGGCGGGGCUCCAGAACCAGAACCAGGAGCUGUGUGAACGGAGCCGGGGUCAUGGCUUGCGGACAGCCCGAGAUUCAGACCAAACUCUGCAACAUAGCAGUGUGCCCUGUGGAGGGCCAGUGGUUGGAGUGGGGGCCGUGGUCGAGAUGCAGCGUGACGUGCAACACAGGGACCCAGCAGAGACAGAGGCGCUGCAGUUCUUCGGUGCACGGCUGGGCUGAAUGUAAAGGCCCCCAUCAGGAGAGCAGGGAUUGCGCCAACCCUUCCUGCAGCGGUGGAGGUAACUGGGGCAGCUGGAACCACUGGAGUCUCUGCAGUAAGACAUGUGACUCCGGUUGGCAGCGUCGCUUCAGGAUGUGCGAGGGCACCGGAGUAACGGGCUAUCCCUGCGAUGGCUCUGGAGAGGAAGUCCGGUCCUGUAACGAGAAGAAAUGCCCAGCUCCUCACGAGAUAUGUAAAGACGAGCACCUUCUCUCUAUGGCGUGGAAGAGAGCCUCAGCUGGAGAAACUGUCUACAACAAGUGUCCGACUAACGCCACUGGAUCUGCUAGUCGUCGUUGCAUGCUGGACAAUAAUGGAGUUGCUUUCUGGGGUCCUCCGAGCUUCGCCAGAUGCAUCUCACUUGAAUAUAGAUAUUUACAUUUAUCUUUACGAGAGCAUCUCGCGAAGGGUCAGAGGACCCUGGCUGGGGAGGGCAUGUCUCAGAUCGUAAGAAGUCUCCUGGAGCUCUUGCAGAGGAGGAGCUACUACAGUGGCGACCUUCUCUUUUCCACGGAGAUUCUGCGAAAUGUGACGGACACCUUCAAAAGAGCAACCUACAUCCCAGCUCCCGACGACGUGCAGAAAUUCUUCCAGAUAGUCAGCCUCAUGUUGGACAUGGAGAAUUUAGAGAAAUGGGAGGACGCUCAUCAGGUCGCUCCUGGCGCCGCUUUGCUGAUGAGGAUAUUAGAGGAUUUCAUUCACCUGAUCGGCGAAGCCCAGAAGCCUUUCCAGAGCUUCCUCGUGGUGACCAACAACCUGAUGAUAACCAUCCAGCGAGAGCCUGUAUCUGCAGUUUCCAGCGAUAUCAACUUCCCCAUGAAGGGCCGGCGAGGGAUGAAGGACUGGGCCAGAACUGCAGAGGAUAAGCUCUACAUCCCUAAAGAGGUCUUCACCAACCCGACUGAGGAGACGGAGUUGGACUCGGAGGCCACCAUGUAUUAUGUGAUCGGAGCCAUCUUGUACAGGACACUGGGCGUCAUCUUACCUGCGCCAAUUCCCCCUGCGGUGAUUAACUCUAAGAUCCUGACAGUGACAGUACGGCCGGAACCGCAACCCAGUGAGCCCAUGGUGGUGGUGGAGCUGUCACCGUUUAUCAAUGGUACAUCGGAUCCUCAGUGCGUUGUCUGGGACUAUGGCAACCCGGAAGCUGGCGCCGAAAACUGGGGCACAGAAGGCUGCCAAACGCUCGCGUCAACCACUGUCCACACCAAAUGCCUGUGCAGCAGGAUAUCCACCUACGCCGUGUUAGCGCAGCAAGCUAAAGACCCGGACAUGGGUCCUGCCAGCAUGCCCUCUGUGCCCCUCAUGGUGGGCUGCGGGGUCUCCUGCACCGCUCUGCUCAUCCUGCUGCUAAUCUAUGCUGCCUUCUGGAGGUAUAUACGCUCGGAGCGAUCCAUCAUCUUGGUGAAUUUUUGCCUCUCCAUCUUGGCCUCCAAUUUAUUGAUUUUGGUGGGACAAUCUCAAACGCUUAGCAAGGGCCUCUGCACUGUGACUGCUGCCUUCCUGCAUUUCUUCUUCUUGGCGUCCUUCUGCUGGGUGCUGACAGAGGCGUGGCAGUCCUACCUGGCCGUCAUUGGCAAAAUGAGGUCACGACUCAUCCGCAAGCGUUUUCUGUGCCUCGGCUGGGGUCUUCCAGCCCUAGUUGUAGCGGUGUCAGUGGGUUUCACAAGAGCCAGAGGUUACGGCACAGCCAGCUAUUGCUGGUUGUCCUUGGAGGGCGGUCUGCUUUACGCCUUCGUUGGGCCCGCCGCUGUCAUCGUAUUGGUGAAUAUGCUCAUUGGAAUCGUCGUGUUUAACAAGCUCAUGUCUCGAGACGGCAUCUCAGACAAGUCUAAAAAGCAGCGAGCGGGUGUCCCAGCGGAGGCGCGUAGCCGACUGCUCCUGAAAUGCUCCAAGUGUGGCGUGAUCUCGAGCACCGCUAUGUCCAGCGCAACUGCCAGCAGCGCCAUGGCCUCUCUGUGGAGUUCCUGCGUGGUUCUUCCUCUGUUAGCACUGACCUGGAUGUCAGCAGUGCUGGCCAUCACUGACCGCCGCUCCACACUCUUCCAGGUCCUCUUUGCCGUCUUUGACUCCGUCCAAGGUUUUGUCAUCAUCACCGUCCACUGUGCGAUGCGCCGAGAGGUGCAGGAUGCGGUGCGCUGUCGGAUGGGGGGAUGUAAAGACGACAGCGAGAACUCACCAGACUCCUGCAAGAAUGGACAGGUGCAGAUCAUGACGGAUUUUGAGAAGGAUGUGGACUUGGCAUGUCAAACAGAGAGAGGACACCCAUUCAUAUUCAAGGAAGUAAACACUUGUAACCCGGCCACCAUAACUGGGACCCUAUCCCGCAUCUCCCUGGAUGACGAGGAUGAUCCCAAGCUUGCAGCCCAUCAGGAGGGAGGAGUUGGGGUCAACUUCAGCUCCCUCCCAGGGAACAUCCCACCGCCAAACCUCAUUGUACAGGUUCCACCCCUCGGCGGCCUCAAUGAGCUGAGCGAGACGCCCCUGAAGAAGGAGGUGAAUGUGGACCAGCAGAGGCAGCAGGGGCAGCAACGCAGUGGCGCUCCAAUCUACCUGUGCACCGAUAGUGGCCUGGGAUGGGCUCGACCGCCCACUUCCUCCAACACCUCCCAGGACGGAAGUGCCGGAAGUGGUGGAAGUGGAGGAGGAGGGGGAGGAGGAAGUAGUGGAGGUGGGGAGGGAGACUACAUGGUUUUACCUCGUAGGACGGUCAGUCUCAAACCUCCAGGGCCCUCCUCCCAAGGAGGAGGCCUGGGACUAGGGGGUGAGGAUAAGCCUCUCAACAUCGCGGUGGAUGAUCCCCCAUUCCCCCCGCCUCCCUCUCCCCUGACCCUCCACCCGGCUGAGAGUGAGGCCUACCCGGCGGAUUUUGUGCCGUCCAGUGUGGGCGACAUGAACAUCACCAUGAACCUCAACCGCUCCUAUGGGACGAUCAAAACCAUGCCCCACGGGCACAGCCACAUGAUGGCUCAGGGUGGUCUUGUACACUCCCACGGAGGACACCUGCACGCCCAUGGGCAUUCACUCCAGCUGAAGCCAGGCCAGAGGCCGUCGGUCAGACAGAUUCUGACCGGGGGAACCACAGUGGAGAGAACCAGGACCCUGCCACGCAACCUUGGCAGCACCAAUGCCAACACCAGCCUCUCAGCAGGAUCCCUAGAGAGGAAAAGAGUACGGUACUCUGAGCUGGACUUCGAGAAAGUGAUGCACACUCGCAAAAGACAUUCUGAGCUGUACCAUGAGCUCAACCACUCGUCCAAGUUCCACACCAUAGACAGGUAUAGCAGGGACCCAGCCAUGUCCACAUUCAAGAGGGAAAAGCGAUGGAGCAUUUCGUCUGCCGGAGGUGAAAAGAACUCGUCGAGUGACAAGUCCACUCCAGAGGACCAGAGCUCCUGGGACAGCUUCAAGACCAUGACCCCGGAGCUGUCUAUUGUACCUGGGGAGCAGAAGGACCGGAUGGAGCUGCACAAUAAGAACUGGGACUCGUCCUCCGCUAACACACCUGACUCGUCUGAGGGAGACUUCCAGACUGAAGUGUGAAGACGCAGACGUCACUCACUCAAAUACAAACAUGCUCAUGUCGAGACACAGAGGCACACAGAGAUACUGAACCUCUGCAAAGUUAUACAUAAGUGAUUUUCCGCAAAGAUCUCACACACACUGCUCCCCGUCUCCUGCAAUGUGCUCUGUUGGAUCCCAUAUUGUAUUUGUUUACUGCUGAAGAGGACAGACAUGAAAAGAAGACUGUUCUACUCUAUAUUUUUCACAAAGACUACUGAAAAAGAACAGGGGCUUGACACGUCUGGGACUGACAACAUUUUUUAAAUGAACUUAAAAACACUAUGAGAAACUUAUUUCUGAGAAAAAAUGUCUUGAUUUUAUUCUGGAGAAAAAAAAAGAAAAUCUCUUUCAAAUGUUUGAUGAUUUGGGGGGGAAAAGAGUAAAAAGAAGAAUAUUUCUGCACCGUUCCAUUUUUUUUAUAGCAAGGGGAAGUAAAAUCUCACCGAGGUUUCUCACACUGGUAGCCCCCUUAGGCCCCCUGAUUUCAUUCAUUUCCUUUUCCCUUCUAACGGAUGACGACAGCAUUCUGUCUCAGUCUUUACUUUUUUUUAUUUCAUCUGUUUCUUUUUGGAUGGAGAGGGGAUGAGGGACAGGGGAAGACACUGCUCAUUGAUAUGUGCCAUCCUGUCUGCUUUUUUCAGGUUCCAGUUCAGCAGUCCCAUCCAUCCAUUCCUCUCGCAUCCUGUGUCAACAUCGUAUCCCCUCUUUUCUGUAUUUUCUAUGGUUUAGUUAAAAAAAAAAAAAUGUCCUCCCAUAUGGUUUGAAACUUUUAAUGAAAAAAUAAUACGAUUGAAACAAAUAA